AUGAUAUAUCCAUAGAUAAAUAUAAGAGAAAGUAAUUUAAAGAAGAAGAAAGUAAUAACAACUGGAAGUAACCCAGGAAGACUUCACAGAAGAGGUAGAACCUGAGGAAGAUAAGCUGUUACAGGAUUGUGUACAAAUUGUGAAGAACAAACUCAGUUCUCCAAUUAUUUCAAGGAAUCUGAAUAUGCAAAAGCAAAUACAGAGUUUUUCUAAUACAUGGGCAUAAUUAUUCUCCUUCAGAACCAGAGGUUUGUCUGCUACAAUAUUACCUCCUCUGAUGAGGGUGUAAUUUAGUAACUAUAGUUUUUCAUGAACUGUUUAUAUAUACAAUGUCCUCCUUGUCAGUGGCGGUUAAUAAAAUACAAAUGUAGAAAUGGAGCCACUAUACCAGGAAUACCUAACAAAUCAUGGAACUGUAGUAAGACCUUAUUAUUGGUUGGCCUUGACUCUAGAAUGUUCUAAGUGCCCUUAUCAUAUCCGGACGGGCGAAGAAGCAAGAGUUACCCACGCUGAAUUUUAUCAGAUCUUUGGAUUCCCUUGUGGGCCAAGUCCUCAAACCAAACAUCUCACAUUUUAUGAACUGAAAAAUUCUUCUGGAAACCUGGUGCAAAAGGGGCAUGCUUCAGGUUGCAGUGAGUAUGAUACCCACCCAGAAUCUAUGUUAUUUGAGAUGGGCAGUUAUCUUGAGACAGUCAUACAUAACAACGACAACAUUGAGUAUAUCCUUCUUUAUUCUAACUACUGUCCUUGUAACGAAGCCAACCACUGCUGCAUUAGCAAAAUGUACAACUUCCUGAUGAGGUAUCCAAGCAUCAGUCUCAAUAUUUAUUUCUCUCAACUUUAUCAUACAGAGACUGAAUUCCCUGUUUCAGCAUGGAACCGUGAAGCUUUACGAAGUCUGGCCAGUUUAUGGCCUCAGGUCACUCUGAACCCAAUAAGUGGUGGAAUUUGGCAUUACCUUCUGCAUCAUUUUGUGAGUGGUAUCUCAGGGGCAAUUCUUUACCAACCACUUUGGCCUGCAAGAGCACUGGCUGACAGGCAUAAUGCUUAUGAAAUCAAUGCAAUCACAGGAGUGAAACCAUACUUCACUGAUGUACUUCCCCAGACAACAAUGAACCCAAACACAAAAGCUCAACUGGACUUACAGAGAUGCCCUUUAAGCAAUGUGUCUCCUCAGGAGUCCUCUCAAGUGAUGAACAACCAACUAUCUCCCGUGAUGAUGACCCCAGAACAGAGGAUGCCUGUCAUUUUUAUGUUAGUGCCUUUCAGGGAUCAGCAACUACCCAGUGCAGGUCAAAACCAGCCCAAACCAAAGAACAUUGUAAGGCACUUAAACAUGCCUCAAAUGCUAUUACAGGAAACCAAAGACCCCAGAAGACCCCCUGCUGGAAGACUAGUAGAGACUGUGGAAAUCACAGAACAAUUUUCAAGUGGCAAAGAAGUAAGUGACAAGAAAAAGAAAAAAGUAAACCCACAUUUUAAAAAAGAUAAUACUAACAGACAUUAAAUGGCUUAUGAGGUUGUUGAUGUGUGUUUGAUAGCUUUCAUCCCUGAAUCAGCUGAAUCUGGACUACCUAGAAAGCAAUCACACUAAAAUGCAAUUCCAUUACAUUUUUUUAUUAUGUCAACAGCUAGCAGCCACACCACUUUUAGCAACAUUUGAAGUUUUUCCAAUAAACAACUUGACCCUUCUUCAAGUGGUAGCAUCAAAGCAGA